AUGAAAAUCAAGAACAAGAAUUGUCAAAACUAUAUGACAGUUAAAAGGCAAUUAUUUGAUCUUUCAUGUACCUUUACCCUUUCAAAUCUUGGAAUGUUUGGUGUAGAUCACUUUGAUGCCAUUUUACUGCCAGGAACUGUAAGUGCAAUCAUGGCUGUUGGAGCAUCUCAGCCCUCUGUAGUUGCUACAAAGGACGGUCGGAUUGGCAUGAGAAGUCAGAUGCAGGUUAAUCUCUUGUUUAUUUCCACUAUUAAUCAUCGUGUCAUAUACGGUUCCGAUCUAGCUUCAUUCUUGCAAUCUCUAGCUCAGUUAAUCGAGGACCCUAAAGAUCUUACCCUUUAG